AAGGCUCACUGGCUAAUCAGGACGAACAUGUUAGGCUGUACCUUCCCAAGAUUAGGGUUGGCAAGACUGUCAGAGGGAAGAAGGGUGCAGGCCAAGGGAAAGGGGGUAUAUUGGGCAAGUAAUUCGACAGGGUUUGUAAAUUUUACCCUUUUUAGGGGUUUUGAAGUGGAUUUUAGGGGUAAUUGAUUGGGGGUUGUAAACAUAGGAAUAUAGAACAGGAUUAAACAACUCUCCAGACUAUUUCCACAUUGAAACAUAUAAAACAGAAGGAAUAAAGGAUAACGAUACAUCAGUGUAUGGGGAGUUCCAAGGUCAAUUUAAAUAAUGAAUUCUUGUCACGAUUACAAAAAGAUGAAAAGGGAAUUUAUGAAGAAUCAGAUAUUUCUUCAUUUGCUAAUAGUUUUGGACAGAUGAAGGUUGUUCCUCAAAGAAUGAAGAGGAAACGAUAUGUUAGCCUUGGUCAGGAACUCAAAACGGUUAACCCCAUUCCUUAUGAUGAGAUUCUACAAGAAGAUCAAUCUGAUACAAAGAGUUAUUCCAGGUUCGAAGCUUUCUUGAAAUUUGAACUUGCAGAGAAAGAAGUAGUAGUCAAGAAUAAUAAAUUCAAAAUUGAGUACCAAGAUAAACUCAGAGGCAAGAUGCAUUACUCCAUUCCAGGAGAGUGGAUCAACCUUAAAGGAAAGAUCAAGAACAAGUACUGAGUCAAUAAUUAUGUCAAUAAUAACGAGCCAGUCUUUUUAGCCAAAACUGCAGAAAAAUAGCUUGCCAAAAUCAGUCAAAAGAAAGCUAGAGUCAAGCCUUGAACUGGAGCCUAAAUACGCUUCAUAUUUUCCAUUGUGGCAAAUUCAUCCAGAUUUUUCAAAAUCUCACAAAAAACUUGAAAAAGAGAGGAAUGAGUAUCUUAACAGUAUCGUAAGUCUGCCAAAAUUCCAGAAACAGAAAAAGCUCACUCGGGAUGAUAUAAUAUCUAGUCUUCGUAGAGGGAUCCGUAAGAAAAAGCUCCAGAGUAUUUACUCUAAGAUGCACAAGGCUUUCCACAAGAGGUACUCGUGUCCGAACUCAUGAUUGAAGAGGAGCCCAAUGAAGUAACCUUUUUAGUAAAGUCCUACCAUUUUCCAUAUGAAGUACCCGAUUUUAU